GAUCCCAAGCAAGGACAAGAAGUGAAUAAUCAACGGUGUGAGUGCGAGAGAGCGUGCGCAGGCAGAGAGAUAGUGAACUAGCUAGCUAGUCAUGGCAUCUAACGUGUUUGGCACACCCAUCACCGACUCAACCUUGCAAAGUAUGCCGGAGUACCCGCCCGGCAAGCCGAUAACGGCGGAGGACAGGGCGCGCGUGGCCGUCAACAUGAAAAACGCGGAGAACAAGGCCGCCAACGCCCUGACUUUCGUGGAGAACCAGAAGGCGAGGUAUGGUUACGGAGUGAGCACCCAGUGCCUGGUGUACAACGCCACCGGGAACACCCUUUGCUUCGUUAAGGACCACGACUACCACGGCCACAUUGACAAGUCUCCGUAUCCCACCGAGAUCGCUAACGGGCAGUGGGGUGCGUUCCUGCACGUCCACCCCACGGCUGCCGCCACCGGCUCCUCAGCCUGCGUGGUGUAUCGCGGCAAGAACAACGGCGGCCAAGACUGUGACUGGCUGAUCGGCUGGUCCAACCCAUGGGACCAUUCCGCUUUUUCUUACGGCAACAGGGCCUACACUGAGAUCAAGGAAGCUCACGACUAUGAUCAGGACAACAUUUGGAGUCAAAUCUCUUCAAGAUUGUAUAACGCUGGACACGACUGCACUGCAGCAUGGAAUGGUUGCACAUCAAAAGUCAUCUGCGGCAAAGGCACCACUGCGACGUUUGAAGCCACUCUCUGCUUGGAAAAUGUUUCCAUAUGAUUCUAGGUUCGCGGUUGAUAUGUAUAAAGAGGGCAGGCCCUCGCGUCUAAAAUAAAGUUGUGUUUAAUGAGUAUGAAUUUUAGAUUUUUAAUAUAAAUUUUGUGAAUUUAGAAAAAAAUAUAAUAAAAUUUUUUAUUAUGUUUUUCUAAAUUCAUAAAAAUUUAAAUUUUAAAUCUAAAUUUUAAAUUCUUAAACACAAGGUAAAAGUAUUACUCUGUCAUCCGACUAGCUAGCAAUGUAAUAUAUAUAAUAUAUUAUCAUGUGGAAGACCUACUAGCUUUAAGGUCAUUUCACCUAAAUAAAAUAUAAUAAUAUAUAUACUCUUUUU